UCUCUUUCCAGUGAUUCGUGACAGGAAGGAGCAGGUUUCGACAUGCAGCUCGAGGAUGAGGAUGGGCGUGGUGAAGGCACAGAGACAAAUCAGAAGGCAUGUUGUGAAUUCUACUUCACCUCUGCUAAUGACUGCGUGGGCUGUCUCAGCUGGUGACUUGUUCAUUCUCUUUUUUCAGCCGAGCAGCACAGGUGCAUGAGAAGAAAGAAGCAUGAAUCUAUACAGGAGCUUUGGAAACCUCAUGGAGACUUGGUUAACUGAAGAAGACACAUGUGCUGAUGCAGAGUGCCUUCAACAUGAUACUAAAGAUCCUCCCACGCCUUCCUCUGAGAUGGAAACGACCCUGCGCUCAGAAUCAGUGGACUCUGGAGUGGAGACAGCCAGCUGUGACACAUCUGUUCCUGCUACAUUCUCCUCUGUCUCAACAGAUAAUACAGAAAUGGAAAGGGAAGAACUCGCCCCAACGCUAGCAUCACAGGCUCCCGUGUUCUCCUCUUCUUCAACCCCGCUUCUGUGUCCCAGCAGAGCUGAGAAAGACUCCACUGCCUUGAACCCAAAAUUAGAGCAAGCACUACAAAGGAUUGACUCUAGAUACCAAAAGGCGCUGACAUCAGAUGAAGUGUUCAGUCAGCAGCCUCAAGCAUCUGUUCUGAUCAAACGGCACACAUCUGCAUUAGUAAGAGGUCAAAGCUCAGAUACACUUGGCCUAAGAAGGACAGUCAGUCCACCUGUUUCCAUCCAGCCAAUGUCAGGAUUGUGCAGACGAACUCUGUCCAUGACUAGUUACAGGCAGAGAUCAGAGAGCUUCAGUGUCAAUAAGAAGAGAGAACUGAGUCCUGCGUUCAUCUACUUGGAGCAGGUGUGUCAAAAGCUAGAAGGUUUUGCCAGAGAACAGAUGCAAGCAGAUCAAGCGCCACAAAUGGAGGCAGAUGUCUUUGGGGAACAUCAAAAUAUCCAGUUGAGCCAGGCUCCUGAGACCCAUCAGAGUGAAUCUGCAAUUGCAGAGGAGGAUUGUCAUAGUAUUGAAAAUACUGUAAAUGCAGAGCAUGUUAGCAGCGAAGCCAAGCAGCAGAAACACAGACAUUUUCGGCAGAGAUCAGCUUCAGACACAACACUUGCCAUGAUGCAUUUAAAAAAAUUGAAUGCAGACUGCAGGGGGCAGCAUACGAGUAUAUAUGACCUGCAGGAGGAGGAUGCAGAAGACCAAGAAAAUAAAGAGUCUACACAGGAGGAGACCAAAAAACUUAAAAUGAGCUGGAGGAGAAAAAUUAUGCUCUUGAAAAGAGGGGGGUCUGCUGCUUCAGAUACAAAGAGCCAACAGAUGCAGUCAUCUGAGAAAAACUCUGCCCGGAGACGGCUGAGCCAGCUGUUGAGGAGGAGAGACAAAACUGUAUAAAUGGACCACAGUGUCUGGCUUGAUGUUUCGACAUGAGAGAUUCAGAGGAGGAUAAGCUUUCCUUCAAAAGUAUGAGCACUUUAACUGCUUUUAAAACAACUUCCUAUUCAUCCUUUUAUGCACCAUUCUGCCGUGUUGUAUAACUACGAAAAGCAUACUUGUAUAAUAUGUACAAAAAAAAGGCAUUUCAGUACUGUUUUUGACUUUGA